AUGCGCCCACUAACAGACGUCGAGACGAAGACAUUGUUCGAGAAACUCGCAAACUACACCGGCCGUUCUCUCAACAAUCUCCUUACCGAUACGCUCCCCAGCUCGACACCACAGAAAACACCAGACCGCUUCGUUUUCCGCAUCUCAGGCGAUCGCGUGUACUACGUCCGCGAAUCCCUCGCCAAUCUCGCCGUUUCGGUCGCACGGGAUCAGCUUCUUUCCCUUGGAACUUGCCUGGGAAAAUUCACAAAGACCGGAAAGUUUCGUCUACACAUCACCGCACUGGAUGUCAUUGCGCCGCACGCACGGUACAAGGUGUGGGUGAAGGCGAACGGUGAAAUGCCAUUUUUGUACGGUGGACAUGUUGUCAAGGCGCAUGUGGGACGAUGGAGUGAGGAUGCGCCUGAGCACGCUGGAGUGGUGGUUAUGAGUUUGAACGACACACCGUUGGGAUUCGGAGUUACUGCGAGAUCAACCGCCGAGGCGAGAAAGCUGGAUCCUACUGGCAUUGUGACUUUCAGGCAGGCGGAUGUUGGCGAGUAUCUACGUGAUGAGGAUACUCUAUUUGCCGGUUGA